GUGCUUCGUCGUUGAGUGGCCACUUUGGACCAGGUCGGAACAACUCUGCUGCCCAUCCGAUUAGCGAUCGCGAUUGUUUAUUGGAAAGCACCUCGUUCCCAUUUGUGCGCCAAGAUGAUCUCAUCGCCGUCCACUUCCGCCACCUUCGCCGCCGGAUCUCUUCUGCUGCUGUGCCUGGUCCUCGGCGGAGGUCACCUCGCCCUGGCCCAGAAGGAAGGCAACGCAAAAACAAUGGUAAUUUUACGGUUCGUGGGUUUCAAUGCUCGAACUUUCCUCCAGUUUCGACCAAGGCCCCCCUUGAGUGCAUGUGCCGGCCGUGCACGGGCAUCGAGGACGCCAACGUGAUCCCGCAGGAGCUGGCCGCGUUCGCCGACGACGGCACGCUGACCAGCUACUUCCAGAAGGGCCAGUUGAGGAAUUCCGAGUAAAGGGGAAGUUAAUGGAUAUGAAGCCUCUUUGUAGGUGCAUUGGAGCAAUAAGAGUGAU